AAUGCCUAGUCAUGCUAGGCAUGAUAGUGGUCCUCUUUAUAGCACUGUCACUGAGCAAGAUGGAUACUGGUAGCACAGGAGAAAGGUCUUCACUUCCUCUGCAUGUUGUAUCUCCACUCAUACCAAGUACAAGUUUAUCACAGCUCUGUGGUCGGCAAGUUCUCCUGAAGCUUGAUAAUGCUCAGCCUUCAGGAUCGUUUAAGAUUCGAGGAAUUGGGCAUUUUAUUAGAAAAAAUAUUGAGAAAGGUUAUGACCAUGUUGUUACCUCAUCUGGAGGAAACGCAGGGAUGGCUGCUGCAUAUGCCUCUCGAAGGUUGGGAGUCCCAGCCACAGUUGUCAUCCCUGAGUCUACCCCACACUUAAUGAUUUCACGGCUCAAAGAAGAGCAAGCAGAUGUGAUUGUACAUGGUCAUGUUUGGAAUGAUGCUCAUGAAAAAGCUCAGGAACUUGCUCAGAAAGACAAAUGCUGUUUAGUACAUCCUUUUGAUCAUCCAGAUAUUUGGGAAGGACAUAGUACUUUAGUGACAGAAAUACUGGAGCAGUCUUUUGAGAAACCAGCUGCCAUUGUUGUAUCAGUUGGUGGUGGUGGGCUCCUGUGUGGCAUCUUGAAAGGUCUUCAUGAACAUGGUGUUGCAGAUAUCCCAGUGAUAGCUAUGGAGACAGAAGGUGCUCAUGCUUUAAGUGCUGCACUACAAGCAGGCAAGCCAGUUUCUAUUGGAGACAUUACUAGCAUUGCGAAGACUCUGGGCGCAUUAUCUGUGACACAGGGAGUGUUUGAUCUAAUGCCAGGUAUCCAGGUAUUAUCUAAUGUCAUCACUGAUAAGCAAGCAGUAGUGGCAUGUAUGAAAUUUGCUGAAGAAGCAGUUGAGGGACCAAGAAGCAGGGAUGAGGAGGCACUGUACUGGAUGGCUUUUUUAAACAUUUCUCCCAGUGUUAUCUGCCUUAUUAACAAGAAUUUUUGUUGUAAUAGUCUCUCUUUGAUUUUGUAAACUGACAUAAUUUCUUGUUCUGCUGGUCCUUUAAUAAGCCCAUCACACAUUUUCACCAAGUCAUCUAUAAAAACUUUUUCUGCUGUGUUAACAAUGUCAUCCUCAUCUUCACUAUUAUCAUCACAGUCUCCUUGAUUCAGAACCAUUUCAGCUGUUUUAUCAUCAACCAUUGAGUGAUCAACUGGAGUCUGCCGGCAAGCAAGUAUUCCUUUUGCAUAUGUAAGGAGGUCUGAAAUCAUCUUUUUCUCACCUGACAUACGGAGUUCUUCAGAAUCACCACCUUGUUCAUCAUCACUGAACAUAGUUGCAGGCCAGAGGUUGUGCCAGGUAUACACAAGUGUCUUUAGUCACUGUGUUCCAAGAGUUAGCAUUUCCUUUUGGAAACUUUCCAUACCCAUGCCUCUCUUCACUGCUGCCAACACGUUGUUCAAGAAUCUGUAUAUUUACUCUUCAUUGAUGUAAAGAUAUGGUUGAAUUAAUGAAGUCACAUUUGGGGAAACGUACGUGGCUUACAUGUUAUUUUUGAUGAUAAGUUCGGCUGGAAGAUGAGCAGAACAGUUGCAGUUGUCAUCCAGUCCAGCUUCCCUGCAGUAAGCACAAGCUGCUAGUACAAAAAGUUUUGGAAACCAAUUAGGAAAGAUGUUCCUAGUGAUUCAUGUCCUUUUGUUGGCAUAAUAAUCGACUGGUAAGAAAUUGAUUCCUUUAAAACAGUGAUCAUGCACACUUUUGCCUAUCACAGCCAGUUUACACUUAUUCAUGCCUGCUCCAUUAGCACAUCUCAUCACAGUUAUUCUGUCCUCAGCAUUCUUAAUUCAUAUGGGGCUGUCUCAUCAGCUGUAGUCAAUGUUUUCUUGAGGUAAUAAUGCCAAAACAGUGAUGUUUCAUCAGCAUUGUAGACUUGUUCUGGCAUCAGAUUUUCAUCAACAACAACCUUGGCAAACUCAUCAGUAAAUUUCUCUGUUGCUUCAUGAUCAGCAGAUACUGUACCACCAACCACAAAUCUUUAAAAAUUUAAUGCAAUGCCUUUUCUUAAAUUUCUGCAACCAGCCUGUUGAACAUUCAUAAUUACCUUCAAUUUUUGACUCAUCAUGAUAGAUCUUUGCUUGUUUUAUGAUCAACAUACCAUUAAGCAACAUAUGUUCACUGCACCACUGACAAAUCCACUCUCAGUAUAUGAUCAAGAUCUUCAGUUUUAGCUUUAUGCUAAAAAUGAACUUCUGUUCAUCCCUUGCAGUAUACAAUUUUAAUGGUUUAUCCUUCUGUUUCUUCAGGUCAUAGAUGGUGGUCAUCCAGCACCAUACUUCUCUGUAAGAUGCUUCACACUUACACCACUGUCCAGUUUCUCCAACAACUUGAGUGCUAUAGAUAAACAUAAAUACUUCCUCCUUAUCUUAUCACUGUUAACAAAAGGGGUAUCUGCAGGCCUUCUUGAUAUUUUUACUGCUAUUUUUGCACCACAGAACAGAAAAUAAGCACAAACACAUUGUAAUCACAAUGAGUAAUGCAGUGGCUGUGACAACUGUUGAUGACAAAUUGGUGCCAACACAGCAUCAGAACCACACCCACCUGGGAUAAGCAAGGUCAUUGUGUCACAACUGUCUGGGUAUGCAGAGACUUGUGCAAUGCCUGGGAAUCUCCCCACAGCUGACUGCAAUUUUCCAUUUGUGGUGUCAUGUCGAUUCUCAGAAAAUGUUUUGGAUGUCAGAGCUUUUUGUACUUUGGAAUUUCGGAUAAGAGAUACUCAACCUGUAUUUUAUCACGUCCCAUUCCUGCUUUAGCAUUGAUGCUAUGGUUUGUCCACUCAUGUACUCACUGGCAGUCCUUCAGUGGUAGAUACUGUACUGUAAGUCAGUGUUUUUAUA